AUGAAGAUCAAGAUCAAAGUCGAGAUCGUCGAUCAGGAGAAUAUCAAGAUAGAAGAAUCGAGACAACGAUCGGAUUCCGCAAGCAGCAGAGCUGAGUACAGCUGGGACGGAUGUGGCAAAUGUCGCAUCGGGCGACAAGUGGGCCUGAGUGCAGUAGUAUACCUGGAAUGUUGGGGGAUGUGGCGCAUCAAAGAACUGCAGAGUAUGGCAAUGAGUAAGAAAAAGGAGUCAAAGAGCAAUCUAGGCCAAGGAUGCGACAAGGGAAUCGAGUCCGUAAGUUGA